UGACAAUUUUAAAAUUUUUCUUUGAACGGUUUUGAAAAAUCUAAAGCUCGAUCAAGAUAGGAACACACCUCCCCCUCUCCAAAGAAUAUCGAAUACACUCGAGCAUUGUAAUUUCUAAAAAAUGUCAAGCCAGUCACAAAUUAAUGUUGUUCUAGGAUCUCAAUGGGGAGACGAAGGAAAGGGAAAAAUAGUAGAUGUGCUUUCUGGAAAGGCUGAUGUUGUUUGUAGAUGUCAGGGAGGCAGUAAUGCAGGGCAUACAGUAAUUGUUGAGGAGAAGGAAUUCAAAUUUCAGUUGAUUCCGAGUGGAAUCAUCAAUGAGUCUGUGACAGUAAUUAUUGGCAAUGGAGUUGUCCUGCAUGUUCCAACUUUAAUGAAAGAAAUUGAAAACAACACAAUGAAAGGAAUUUUAGGCAUGAAAGAAAGAAUGAAAAUCUCAGAUAGAACACAUUUAGUUUUUGACCAACAUCAGCAAAUAGAUGGUUUUCUAGAAAAUUUAAGGAAUAAAUCAAGUCUUGGUACAACAAAAAGAGGGAUUGGACCAGCAUAUGCUACAAAAGCACUAAGAAAUUCUAUCAGAGUUUCAGACUUAGUUGGUGAUUUUGAAAAGUUUACAAACCUCUUCAAGGAAUUGUCAGCAUAUCAUCAGAGGCUUUUUCAUGAUCUUGAAAUCAAUAUAGAAAGUGAGAUCCAAAAGUAUAAGGAAUAUGCAGAAAUACUUAAACCAAUGGUUGUUGAUACAAUUCCAUUGAUAUAUGAGGAGAUUAAAAAAGGUUCAAAUAUACUUGUGGAAGGAGCAAAUGCGACUAUGCUUGAUAUCGAUUUUGGCACAUACCCAUAUGUAACAUCAUCAAACUGUGGUAUAGGUGGUGCAAUUACUGGGCUUGGUAUACCAGCAAAAGCAAUUAACAAUGUCUAUGGUGUUGUUAAGGCUUACACUACUAGAGUUGGUGGAGGUGUACUUCCAUCUGAAUUGUUUGAUGAGACUGGAGUCCUACUUCAAACAAUCGGUAAUGAAGUUGGAACUAAUACUGGGAGAACAAGGCGAUGUGGUUGGUUGGAUUUAGUGGUUGUUAAGUAUACACACAUGAUAAAUGGAUAUACAGCUUUAGCUUUGACAAAAAUUGAUGUUCUGGACACAUUAAAAGAAAUAAAGAUAGCUAUUGGAUACAAAUUAAAUGGGGUACUUUUACCAUCUUUUCCAGCUAAUCUCAGCAUUCUAGAAAAAGUUGAAGUUGUGUAUGCAACUCUACCAGGCUGGAAUGAAAGUCUAAAAGAUAUUCGCAAGUUUGAGGAUUUGCCAGAAAAUGCUCGAAAAUAUAUUAAAUUUAUUGAAGAUUAUGUCAAUGUACCAGUAAAAUGGGUGAGCGUUGGAAAGUCUCGUGAUGCUACAAUUGAAGUGUUUUAGAAUAAUUUGUGGCAUUACCAAAUAAAUGUCAAAGUCAUCACCUUUGUUGUGCAUUGUUAGUAUAUUAUUGAUUGUGUAUACAAUAGGUCAAAGUUCUAAUAAUCAUGUCUAGCAGAGAAGUGUAUCAAUCAUGUCUAACAGAAGUGGUUCGACAAUAACAUUAGAGUUGUUAAAAUAUCCUUGUUAAACCAAGUUAAGUAAUUAACCAGUUUAAGUCAUAUUUUAAAAAUUUACGUUUUAGCGUUUUUCACAGCAAAAUGCUUUUUA